AAGAAGCUUCCUUUAAAAUUAAAUUAAAAUGCAGAGGCCCCCGGACCAGUGGCCUGGACCCGGGCAGUUGUGAGUGCCACUGAAAAUCAGCUCACGCGUGCCAGAGGUUGCCUACCCCUGCUGUAGACUGACAGUCGGGCAAAUGAGUCCAGGACAUAUUUGAAUUGAAAGCGCAAUGGCUACCUGGAGUUACAGGCUGCACAUGUAGGAUUCCUCCCCGGAAGUUUGCUGCUGCUGUCUUUCUAGACCAGGCCUCCAACACGCAGCUUAGGGGAAUAACUACCUCCUUGAUUAUUUUUGAAAGGAAUUUAAAAAUCUGUCUUGACAUCCAGGAAAUCUCCUGUGCCUUUUAGAUUGGAGAGAAGUUGCCUUCCUGUUGUGUUCUCAGAUAACAGAGACUGAGAUCAAACCCACUUGUAAAUAACUAGAUUUAAUCAGUUUCCCUUGGAAAAUGUUGAUGUUUCUGCGCAGUUUUAAAAGUAUUUUGGUUACCGAGAGAGCCUCAUCAGGGCAGUUGCUUUUGUAGGGUGUUGGAACAACUUCCCGCAACGUUUCUCUAGCAACCCUGCCCCCAGAGUCGUCCUAAUAAAAUUCUUCGUUUAAGAGCUCGAAAUAAUGUCAGAUUAUGUACAGAGGAGUGUUCUAGGGAUCAGGAAACUGAGCCGGAUCUUGGUCCCGCACAACACGUUUACAUACCAGGCUUUAGAUCACCUUUAAUCUGGCGCAUGUCAACAGAACCGGAGACACGUCUUGGAAGUCGCUGUCAGCGGCCCACCUGUCCAAACACCCGGGUCUUGCUGGGACUCUCCGUGCAGAGCAGCCAAAGGCUCCAACUGCCUGAUUCCCCGACACUUUUACACGCCUCUAUCACCCAGCUGAAGGAAAUGCCUCCCCAGCUCGGGUCCUGUCCAGCCCGCUGUCUGGCAGCACAAAUAGGAAAUCCACCAUCAUUCAAACGGGAGCGGCUGAAGUGCUGUAAGUCGUGUCAGGGGGUCAGAAUCAUAAAGGAACCCAGGGCCUAACUAGAACCGUUUCAGCGAGGCCAGAGGUGCUGGCUUUUAUUUCUUCUGACCCUGGCUAGCCCGAGAGGAGGCGAGGCUUUCGGAUUCCUUUGCGGGCCGGGGGUUGGCUGCACCUCGGUCUCUAGUGCCUUUGGGGGUGGGGGGAUAUUUAGACCCCCACCGUUUCUGGCUGAAACUUUCCGAACAAUUCUUAAAACUCAUCCCUAGUUCUCUUCCGGACAAGCAGCACCUGCUGUUGGCUCUUGGGCUAUUUAUUUUUUUAAGCAACACCUUUGGAGUGAUGCUAUUUUGACUUGACACAUCCUGGAUUUCCAAGCAGGCCAUGCGCCGGGUGCAUCCGAUGAAGUGAGCUGUAGCUCACGAAAGCUUAUGCUCAGAUAAAUUGGUUAGUCUCUAAGGUGCCACAAGUACUCCUGUUCUUUUUGCGAAUACAGACUAACACGGCUGUUACUCUGAAUACCAGGGGGUUUGUCAAGGAGACAAAACCUUACACCUUUAGCUUCUCUUUGGGGGGCAGUGGCUGGAUUGUAGAGGGCAAAUCCAUGCUUCUGGAGAGAGAAGGGGGAAUCUGUAGUGGGGGGUGGGGGGGGGACCAGGGUGUGUCUUGGUUUCUUUUAGGCUUGUUGGCUUUUCCUGCCUCCCUCGGAGGCCCUACUUUUGAUGUGCUCCAAGUGUCUGGGGAAAGCAGGAGGCUGGGCUUUGCUUGGACCAUCGUGUGCCUUGGUGAGCAACAAAACCCAGGUCGCCUUCAGGGCCCCUUUGGGAGGCAUUGGCCCCUGAUUCAUUAUUUGCAUGGUGAAUCUGAGGCUCAUGCAAAGUGCAUAAACAUCUCGGGGAUAGGUCGCCCAGCAGCUUGCAAGGGCUGUCGGGCUCUGUCUAGUUAAAGGUCCCUGUAAGGCUGUCAGGUGCCUUCAGCUGGUCUCUGUUGGGCUGCGGCCCGUAGGCAUCCACACUGCAGCUCUGCGGAGAUUUCCUCGGGUCUGGGGCCCACCUGACCAGUCGGAAACCAGCACUGUCAGACAAACCGCCCGCGCUGUCUAGUGGCGGGGGCUAGGGCGUGAGUGGUUUUGCAUCUGAUUUGCAACUGGACCUUGGUCAAGUCACGUCGCUUAUUUGUGCCUCAGUUUCCCUACAUUGCCAGUAAAGGGUAAUGUGAUUUCUCUGCUUUGCAGAGGGCGAUGAGAUGCUGGAAUCAGAGAGAACGUGUGUGUGUGUUAGUUUAGUUUAGUUUAGUUAAAACCAGGCCUUCUUCGUUUUAUUCUGAAUUUGCAAUCAGACUAAGGCGGGAGAAUUCCGAUCUUUUCGAAAGCUCAGUCUUCUCGUCUUCCCUCUUUCGACCAAAGCUGGCCAGCGGGGCACACAUCGCAGCUUUCACACCCUUGCUCUCCCCUCGGUUACUUUCUUGCUGGCUGGAACAGCCAGGUGGCUGUUGAACCUGGACGCUUGUCCCCCGUGCCCAGCACCAGACUUGCUCUGUGGCUGACCGGGGGAGCUGGAUCCUGGCCCGCUUGGUGGCCGUUGUUCCCUUGGGGCAGGAGAAGGGAGCCCCGGGGGGGGCGCCCCAGCAAUCCGAGGUGGGAGAAGAAGAACCUGGCGGAGGGAUGGGGGAGAACUGGAAGGCCGGGGCCGGGGGCGGGCUCCCCCUUGGGGCUGAGCCAGCCCCCUUGCUGCGGGCAGGUUGCAGGGAGAAGUUUCUCACAGGCCUCCUGGCUGGGGCGCCGGAGUUUGAAAACAAGGAGGAGCCGCAGGCACCUUCGGUGUCAUUGGAGGAAGCUCCUCCGAGGAGCUCAUAAAUACAGAGCCCGGGCUGCAGGGUGCAGCUCGGCCGGGGGCCCCCUGGAUUACGGUGCCAGAGGCGGAGGGGGGCGGCAGCCAGGGAGCCCCGGGCGCUGCAGGGGGGACUCGGAGCCGGGCGGCGGGGAGCGCUAGGGGGCCAGGGGCGAAGCGGGGGGUCAUGGCUUCCCUGCUGGGCUCCUACCCGUGGUCCGAGAGCCUGGAUUGCUCCGCCCUGGAUGGGGAGCUCCCGGAGGGGCUCUCCCCGCCGGCCGCGCACCGCUGCCCGGCGGAGAAGGGCUCGGAGACCCGCAUCAGGAGACCCAUGAACGCCUUCAUGGUGUGGGCGAAGGACGAGAGGAAGCGGCUGGCGGUGCAGAACCCGGACCUGCACAACGCGGAGCUCAGCAAGAUGCUCGGCAAGUCCUGGAAAUCUCUGAGCCCUUCCCAGAAGAGACCUUACGUGGAGGAGGCGGAAAGACUGAGGGUUCAGCACAUGCAAGACUAUCCCAACUACAAAUACCGGCCCAGGAGGAAGAAACAGGUCAAGCGGAUCUGCAAGCGGGUGGAUCCAGGCUUUCUGCUGGGGAACCUCUCCAGGGAUCAGAACUCGGGGCCGGAGAAGCGGGCCUGCGGCAGGACAGUGGGGGAAAAGGAGGGGCAGGGUGAGUACUCGCCUGGCCCGGUAUUGCAGAGCAUCAGGGGCUACAGGGAAGCCCAGGCCAGCGGCGGCAGCACCAACAUGGACACCUACCCCUACGGGUUGCCCACCCCGCCUGAGAUGUCCCCUUUGGAUGUGAUAGACCCUGAGCAGAGCUUCUUCUCCUCCCCCUGCCCGGAGGAGCAUCACCACCCCCAUAUGACUGGGGCCCCUUACUCUCCAGAGUACUCCACCAGCCCCCUCCAGUGUAACCACCAUCCCCUUGGCCCCAUGUCCAUCCCUCAGCCCAGCACCUCCAUGAUCCCCCCAAUCCCCAGCUGCCCCCCUCCUCCUCCCACCUACUACACGCCAGCCUUCCACCCCAUCCACCCCCACAGCCUCCAUGCCCAUCUUGGUCAGCUCUCCCCACCCCCUGAACACCCUGGCUUUGACAGCCUGGACCAGCUGAGCCAAGCAGAACUUCUGGGGGAGAUGGACCGCAAUGAGUUUGACCAGUAUCUCAGCGCUCCCGGCCACUCAGACCGCAGCGGGGUGAUAACCAGUGGAGACGCACAGGUGUCCCAGGUUGCAGGUGGCUCGCCCUCCACAGAGACUAGCCUCAUCUCCGUCCUAGCAGAUGCCACUGCUACCUAUUACAACAACUACCGCGUCUCCUAGGCCAGAAGGAGCAGGGCCUGAGGACUGGCCACGGACAGACCCUACAGUAUUAUUGGCCAUGGCUCCAGGGCCGCAACAGCUGGUGGGCACCUUGCUCCUCACCUCAGGGUUGCCAGGUCAGAACUGAAACAGCUUUGGAGCCUCCUCUCUGUCCUAGGUAAUGGAUUUUGCUUCUCAGACAUCCACUGGCAUCAAUAUUAAGUAUGCUGCUUUAAAAGGUAUUUGAUAUCCUGCUUCAGAAAAGGUCUGUGGUCAAGUCCCUUUUCCAAGCCAGCUGGUCACUGGCUACAGUCCUCCUACCGAUUUAUUUGAUAAGCGUGGCGAGUCUUUGGAUGAUGGGUCUGAUUUUUCAGUGGCACUGAGGCCCAGCUCCAUAAAGGUAUUUAGACUCCUAACUUCCUGGAUCGGGGCCAGAGCUCCCUCAACGCUGGCUGGAUCCCCUGGGGGCUGCAGAGUCUCGGCUCCUCUGAAAAGUCAGCCCCUGUGUCUUGUUCUGUGUAGCUCUUUGCCGUUGUGGUAGGGAUGGGGGGAAAAGCAAAGAUGUGGCAAAUGAGUUAAUGUAACCCUCUGGUCAGCGUGUGCCGCCUUCUGGGCCUGCUGGUGUGACUCCGUGACUGCCCCCUACCUACAGAACCUGGCUCGUCAAGCUGUAGUCACUCCAGUGUUCAGUAAUGCAGGUUUCCAAUUCCAGUCGCAGCACUGGCUAAGAUGGUGGCUGUCACAACCAGCUGCACAGAGAGAAUAUGAUCAGGUGAUCAUAAAUGUCCUGUUCUCCCGUAAUUACGCUAUGUGAAGAGCUUUAACCAGAGAGAGCUCUGUGGCUUUCAUGCAUAGCUGUGUGUGUUUUCUGUUGGCCUGGUCUUGCAUUCCCUGUGUACUCAACAGUUUCACGGAAGUGGCUGGGAGUUUUUGAGUGUGCACUAGCAUAAGGAAUGCAACUCCGGUGAAGUCACUGGACUUGCAAUCCCUAGUGCCAGCUGUGUAUUUGGUCCUGUGUCUGCAAAGGCAUCUAAUCUAAUCUGUUGCACCCACAUAGCCCCGCUCUGUGUCCCUUUGGCUCCUGGAACGUUUUGUGGAUUUCAGUAGGAACCCUGAGAGUGUAAGGAAGGAAAGAUCUGGCCCAGGGUGGAACCCUGAUGUCAUUUCCACACACACACACCCGCGCCCCACCGCCCCAACCCUGAACAACUUGAGUGGGAGGUUCACAAUAACUGGAACUGCAGUGCAGUGACACAAUGUGGUCUUGUGAUAAUGGACUGACUGCUAGCUGCUCCAGUGGGAAGGUUGCAGCUGAGCUUCUGUUUGAAGCUGAAAUUUGCGCACUCCAUAAAAUUCAGCUUGACUUCUCUUUAAACAGAGUUUCACUGGGCUCUGAUCCUGCUUUCACUGAGUUAAAUGGAACCAAGAUCGGUCCCUGCCUGAGUCACUACAAGUAAUUUCCCAUGUACGUAGCCAUGCUAGUGGCCUUCGUAACAGCUAUUCUGAAGGCCACGAACCUGAGUAAUAUCCCAUCAUGUCCCCUCGACCUGCAGCCACAGCUGGAAAGAAUUUAUUGUGAUGAGCACUUUGGAAAAGAGGUGAUACAUAGCAGACACACAUUUGUAUCAAGCAUCAUUUGAAGGCAAAUACUUAAUGUUUAGAAAUGAAAUGCCCAUUCCUCUUUCCAUCAGUAUAUUAUUGCUUGUAAUAAAGCUGUACAUUGAUUUGUAUGUUCCAUUAUUUCCCCGUCAUAUUUUGUAUUGCUCUUUUUUCAUAAAGAUGACAUUUUAUUUUAAAUCAGUUAUGUAUCAUGAUUAAUCUUAGCAUUACUGUAUGACAUUUGGUUAUGAUUAGUUAGUAGCGUGGUUAUGAUUUUUUGGUUUCAAUCCUGAGUGCGUAAUUAAUUGCAAAUGAUAAUAUAAUUGCAAAUAAUUCUUUAAAAAAACCACAACUUUUAAGCUAACACUUUCCAUCUUUUUUUGUGUGUGACUCUUAUGCAUUUUGAAUGCGUGUAGAUAUGAGUUCGCAUAAAAUAUUUAAUUUAAAUAAAUAUGUUUUUAUACAAUGACUGUUUUAUCAUUUAGAUUGCUGUAGUUCUGGACAAAACUGUUCAAAGGGGAAGCAUUUAUUGUGCUCGAUGUUGCAUUGGGGUUUUUUUAAUUUUCAGCCAAACUUUUCUACAUCAGUUUCUUUUUUGAAAUAAAAAAGGCCUAUGGC